UUAUCCCAUCGUUUUAUCCCUCCCUCCCUCUUUGAAAUCCCACUCACGGACUUUUCCCCUUUUCUCCCCACAAGGCUUAUCCUGCUCACCGUGUUUGUGCUCCUGAUGUGUGGGAUUGGAGCCAGCUGUGCCAAGUUCUGCUGCCGCACCAAGCACCCCCUGCGCCAAACCUUCCCGCCCCAUGCACACGACCUCACCGUCAUCCCCAUGGAGCACGACAGCACCGCCCACAGCACCGUCACCUCCUACAGCUCUCUCCAGUACCCUCCCAAUGUCUCCCUGCCUUUUGGAGACCCGGAUAGGAAUGCCACCUGCCCUCCAGCCUACAGCCUCUACGCCAUAGAGAUGCCCCCCUCUUACGACGAGGCCAUCCGGAUGUCCAAGCCUCACGCCGAGACUCUGUCCGUGGGCCAGAAACCAGAGAGAGGCGCCUGUGAACCAGCAGCCUCGCCCAAGUUGCCCGAAUCACCCCAAAACUGCCCCAGGGAGGGGCAAGAGAACACGGGGGACGCCUCUACGUCUUCCCCCGAGCAGUCGUAGUGGGGUCUCUCUUCGAUAGGGGAACGAGAGAAUACGGACCUAAGUCACGGGCGGAGGAGGAAAAUUUGUAUCCUCUGGACUGGGAUCUAGCAUCUCCCGCCACUUCUGAGUACCGUUGGGACUUUUCGAGGUGAUGGAAAGAAAAUCCUUGCCUCCCGCGUCUGAAUUUUCCAAGGUGAAAACUAACAAGCCUCAUCUGCCUUGAGUGCAUUGGAUUAGCAGAAAAUGGCAUUUUUCACCCUUAUAACCGUUGCAGCAUUCGGCCGCUGGACUUAAAAGGGGUCUGCAUCCUGCCGUCGGGGUGGGUGAAAUGAAAAAAAAAAAAAAACGAGAGCCAGUACAGAUUAAUCUCUCUUUCUUCUGGGAAGACUGGAUAUUCUAGCAAAUUGCUGAAAGAUGGGAUUCGUUGCUAUGUAACGGCCAAGCUUGGACCCAGAGCCCUUUUUUAAAAAAUAAAGUAAAAUAAAAUCCCUACUUCUGCUUUCGACAGACUGAGCAAUGUUUUCACGAUACCAAGGUUGGAAACUUUUGUCGGGUUUUGAAUCCUAAAUCCAGACCAGAAUAUCGUUUCUCGGUUCCUGUGGGCUCUGAUUCCCUCGUCUCCUCCGAGGACGGGUUGCUGUGUCCAACUGGAAUAUGAACUUUGCGUUGGGAGAUUUGGAUUUAUAGGACAGCGCCAUCUUUUCGCCAAGAAGCCCUUGUUGUAUUUUGAAUCUAGCACGAAGCAUUUUGUAUUUUAGGUAUUCGUCUUAAAAAAUGUUUAUGUUUAUCUCCCCAGCUCCUUCUCUCUCUGUAUCUGUUGUAAAUAGAAGGUCAACUUAUUGGGAGAAUGCUUAUAUAAAUAUUCCCCUGAAUAGUUUUCUUUUCAUUGGCAGAAAUUUGGGGGCGAAUCUGAAAUGGUCUCCAAUAUUCGUCACCUUUACGGAACAUGUUUGUUUUGCUGUGUAGUUUUCUAUUUCAGGGGUCUUCCAACUUCGCAGCUU